CAUGCUCUGGACCUGCAGCUGGCAGUGGCCAACCUGCUGCAGACGCUCGUGCACUCGGAAAGGAACCAGCAGGUGCUGUGUGAGGCCGGCCUGCAUGCCCGGCUGCUGCAGCGGUGCAGCUGCGCUCUGGGCGACGAGGAGCACCCGCUGCAUCAGCCCCUGCAGAGGAUGUUCGAGAGGCUGGCCUCACAGGCCCUGCAGCCCAUGGCGCUCAGGGAAUUUUUGCGUCUGGGGAACCCGCUGAACUGCGGUGCCUGGGACAAGAAGCUGCUGAAGCAGUACCGUGUCCAUAAGCCAAGUUCUCUCAGUUAUGAGGCAGAGAUGAGAA